UCCCCGGCCCCCCCACCACGUAGCCCCCUGAGGGGGGGGGCUGACAGCAACGCUCCAUCCACGGCGGCUCUCUCACCCACGACUCUUUCCGGUUCGAUCGCGAGGAGACAAACCCCCGUCCGGACCGGAUCGGAUCGGAUCGAGGAUGCUGCAGCUCGGGGACGAGGCGGUGUAUUUCUCGGCGGUGUUCGUGCUGGUGGCGUCGGGGACGCGCAGCCCCACCGGAGCCUCUCUGCUCACCGCGUUCCUCUACGUCUUCAUGCUGAUGUUCCGCUUCCCUCCGGUGCCCGCGGACCAGGCCGGUCGCGUCCUGCGGCCCGGUGGUUGGGGGGCGGCGGCGGCUGGGUCGGGCGGCGUCCCGGCGGUGGCGCUCGGCGGAGGCGGCCGCGACGCUCCGGAGAACACGCUGGCGGCGAUCCGAGAGGCGAGUAGAAACGGCGCAACCGGCGUGGAGCUGGACCUGAGUCUGACGGCGGACGGAGUGGCCGUGCUGAUGCACGAUGAGACUGUGGACCGCACCACCAACGGCUCUGGACCCGUCAGUGGUCUGCGGCUGGUCCAAGUUAAGAAGCUCGAUGCUGCCGCUCGUCACAGGUUGAAGGACAAGUUCAGCGGAGAGAAGGUCCCGACUCUGCAGGAGGCGGUGGAGGAAUGCCUCAGACACCAGCUGACCAUCUUCUUUGAUGUGAAAAGUCAACCUGAUAAGGCUGCGGCCGCGCUCCACCAGAUGUACAAGAAGUAUCCUGCCCUUUACAACUCCAGCAUCGUUUGCUCCUUUGAACCCAAAGUCAUCUACAAGAUGCGUCAGACGGACUCCAACGUGGUCACGGCUCUCAUCCACCGGCCCUGGAGGCUGAGCCGCUUUGACGACGGCACCUCUCGGUCCCUGUCGACGUCGGGCCGGCUGUGGUUGGGGAUUCUGGACGUGUUGUUGGACUGGGCCCACCACCACAUACUGUGGAAGCUCUGCGGCGUCUCUGCCAUCCUCGUGCACAAGGACUUCAUCUCGGUGGACUACGUUCAGUACUGGGCGGAGCGAGGUGUGGAGGUGGUGGGCUGGACUGUUACUACUGCCGUGGAGAAGGACUACUACCAAAAGAUGCUGAAGAUCGGCUACAUGACGGACAGUCUGCUGGAGGACAUUGACGCGCGUUACUGAAGGGUCACACGCCUCAAACAUCAAGUGUUUUCAACUCGUACAACGUUACGUUUUACAGCUUCUAAAUGAACAAAAUUGGUCAAAGCCUCCUUAGUUUGAGAGAGAGAGAGAGAGAGACCACGUAAUUACUGUAAUAAAGACGUUUCCCAGUUCAUUGUCCUUUCAAAGAAGGUAAAAUACUGACACAUAUGAACAAAAGUAAGAUGUUAAUAAUAAAGUGGGGCGGAAUGCUAGAUAUCUGCUUUCUAAUACAAAUGAUUCACAGGGUUAGAAAAAGUCAUACUGCAGCAGGCAUACUAGUAUUUUACCUUAAAUCUGCAGAUAUGGAACCAGGAAGGCCCAACUGCAUAUAUCCAUGUCUUUAUUCUACUAACCGCACCUGCUAGGAUUGUGUUACUUUAAGGUAUUUUCUACCUACUGUGCCAAUCUUUGAGAGGCUUUAAAUAAAUAUCAGUGUAAAUAGUGGUUUUGUUAGACAUUUUUGUAACAUGUCUAUGCCUUCUAUUUAUUAUGAGACGUAGUAACUACUCGACUGGAGCAAAUCUCUUGUUAAUAUUCCGUUGUGAUAUUUAUUAAUUGUUCAGUGUCCUGCUUUCUAUCAUUGCUCUUUAAGUGCCAGAACUGCACAAACACACAACUAUUUUAAUUUAAAUAAUAUCUUUGUUGUUAUGUGUUUAUUUAUCAUGAAUGUGUUUUUAUGCUCCAAAGGAGGGAAAGUAGAUGCACCGUUGAUUACUAACACACGCGUGAGUGUUUGUCUCAAGAGUCCACAUAAAGUAAACGAAAAUCAAAUAGAAAUGUAUGUAGACGUCCGUCCACAUAAGACAAUGUUGAUACCAUAACGCCUGUCGUUGUUCCGUCCAACUUUAGUCUAACGCUGCAUUAUAAUAACACUUAACUAUUUUAAUCUAACUUAAUAGUUUAGCCUGAUGUAAGAUAUUGAUGAUUUGUUCCUCAGAUAAAUAUACACGUUUAUUUCUCUUUCCUCAAAGGGUUGAGAUCCAUCUUCUCCCACAUCCCCAGUGUGUUAUCAGCGAACGGUUUGCGUUGUAUACGUCGUGUGUGCUGUGCUCCUCGUGCCCGCGCACCUGAUCUGCGUGUACAGUAAACACGGAGCCGCGGGGCACACGCGGGACACGUGGACGAGCACACGCGCGCACACCAAAGGAUCCACAGCGAAUAAAGUCUCAUUCUGCGAGUUUAA